AUGGGUUUUUCUAGCUUUGUUCCAUUAAUAUUAAUGCUUAUUAUUCAACUAGCUUAUGCAUUGAUGAAUGCUACUUCAAAGCUUGCUCUUGCUGGUGGCAUGAAUCCUCUUAUCCUUGUUGCUUAUCGUCAAAUCUUUGGAACUGUUGCCAUUGCUCCCUUUGCUUAUUGGCUUGAACGUGAUAUGAUUCCAAGGAUGACAAAGCGCAUUAUGAUUCAAAUACUUUUAUCUUCGAUAACAGGAGUAACAGGAAAUCAAGUUCUAUAUUUUCUGGGGCUAAAAUUUUCAACAGCAACAAUUGCAUGUGCACUCACAAAUUUGCUUCCCGCUUUUACAUUUAUACUUGCAGUUCUCUUUAGACAGGAGAAUUUGAGAAUAAGAAAGAAAAGUGGCAUAUCAAAAGUGGUAGGAACAGUUUUGUGUGUGGGAGGAGCAAUACUUUUAUCAUUCUACCAUGGACAAGUAAUUGGAAUUGGUAAAUCAAGUAUUCAUUGGGGUUAUGCUGAGAAAGUUCAAAGUGGUGGUGAUAGCUCUGGUUCUACCUCAAACUCACUUUUAGGUCCCAUUCUCUUAAUUUUAAGUGCUCUUAUCUGGUCCUCGUGGUUUGUCAUUCAAGCGGAUUUGAGUAGGAACUUUCCGGUACCUUAUACAAGCACAACAUACAUGUGUUUUUUGGCAAGCUUUCAGUGCGUGUUCAUUGCUUUGUGUAUCGAUCACAAAGCCGCGUCUUGGUCACUCCAUGAUGCUAUGAGACUUACCGCGUCUGUUUACUCGGGAGUAAUUUGCACAGGACUUGCAUAUUGUGUAAUAUCAUGGACAAUAGAGAGAAAAGGGCCACUUUAUGGGUCUGUAUUUACACCAUUGCAGCUUAUUCUCACAGCUAUGAUUAGUUGGGCUUUUAUGAGUGAGAAGUUAUACGUUGGAACAGCAAUUGGGUCAUUAUUGAUAGUUUUUGGACUUUAUGGUGUUCUAUGGGGAAAGAGCCAGGAAAUUAAUAACAAGGAAGAUGCUGCUGAUGAAGAAGAUGAAGAUAUUAGGAAAGAUGAUAUGGAAAUGCAAUCUUAUGUAUUGCCAUCAUCCAAUGGUAAUGGCAAUGGCAAUGGUGUUGGUCACGUGUGA